UAUAAUUUUGUUUUAAAAUCAUGCACUCCCUCGUCCAAGCCUAUUUCCGUACCUAAUUUGGUUCGGGCCGAACCACCAAUUCCCCCAAUCCUUGUAAAUUGAAAUUCGUAAAUCGCAAUUGAUAUUUCCAAGGGCUUUUGGUUGCGCCAUCAAGAAAGCCGCUCCGCCUAAAAGCUUCACUCACAAAAAUGGAAGACGCUGCACAGCUCAAACCACAAAACCAGCGGCAACUUUCAUCUCACAGCCAGCGCCGCGGCGGCGGCGGCGUCGGCCUCCCACGCGCCGAUUUUUUCCCGGAAGGGCUGUUGGUUGAAGUCCGGACUAAAGAGGAAGGCUUCACAAGGGUCUAUUUCACCGCCACCGUUCUGCCGCCGAAGAAAGGCGGCAGCAAACAGAAAUCGGACAAAAUAUUCGUGGAGUACCACAAUCUGUUGGCCCGGGAAGACGGAUCGGAGCGGCUGAAGGAAUACGUCGACGUGUCGUUCGUCAGGCCGGUUCCGCCUUUUCAGGAGAUUGUCGAGGGUUUCGAACCAAACGACGCCGUCGACGCGUUUUUCAAGGAUGGGUGGUGGAUGGGCGCUGUGACCCGAGUCGUGAAAAAGGGCGAGAGCUUCGUAGUUACUUUUGAAGACCCGCCCGACGAGCUGGAGCUCCGAUUCGAACAACUUCGGGUCCACUGGGAUUGGGGUAACGGGUUAUGGAUCCGACCCGGAAAUCAGGUUAUAACAGGAAGUAUGUUCGACGUGGGAAACAAGGUAGAAGUGUCGUUCGACAAAGCAGAGUAUCAAGAUGUUUGGUUCCCCGCGACGAUUCGCAAAGACUUUGGAAAUGGGCAUUACUCGGUCGAGUGCAUUAUAAAUAGUGAUGAAAAGGCGCAGCUUUGUAAAGUAAAAUUCGACCACAUAAGACCUCGCCCUCCGCUUCUCAAGGACAUAAAGUUUCUCUUACUCGAAAAAGUCGACGCGCAUUUCGGCCACGGCUGGUGGUGCGGCAUCACCACACGAGUGCUCGUGGAGAACAGUAGAUAUAUGAUUUAUUUCAGGAAGAAGAAAAUAUUGAAGGAAUUCAAUAGCGUUGAACUAAGACCACACGUCGAAUGGAAGGAUGGCAAAUGGUUCACUGCUUCCAAGGAAGUUAUGGCCCGCUCUUCAUCGUCAGAUGAACAAAUGCAUGGACCGAGAGCUAGUCAACAAGAUUCACAGAAUAAUAAAUCAGUUAAAAAAACGUUACGUGAUUCUGUAAGCCCUAUUUCUGUUGAUAUUUCUGCAGCACUAAAUGCGGUCGGGGAUCAACUCCCCGAUAAUCCUUCUUGGGGCAAUAGAAUUAGGAGGAAGCAAAGGAAUGCAGGUGCAACGCCAAAUAAUGUCGAUGAGAAGAAUAAGAUUAACUCCGCAUCCAGUAAUACUAUGAACAAGUGCAGUAUGCUGAAACCUGACAUUCCGAAUAAAGAUGUCGGUAAAGUGACGAAGCCAAUUGUUGAAAAUGAUAAAAACGAAGAAACUAAGCAUGCUGUCGUCAUAGGUUUGCCAUGUUCGGAAACUGGGAGCACUGGAAAUGAAAAAUCGACGGUGAAGAAGCAGAAACCGAAUGGUUCCCCGAUUCAGGAAAUUAAGGAUAACGAGCCAUUAGAAAAUGGAGAUUCCAGUGACAAAAAGAAGAGGGGUAGGCCACGAAGGGGCCUGAUUGCAAAUCUUGAAAUCGAGAAGGGGGGUACGACGAGUCUUCCAUUGAAGAGAGGAAGAAGAGGGUUAACAGAUUCCCCGAGUGCAUUAGGCGGCGGGGAAGCGACCGAAGUUAACCCCAACACCAUGGAAGUAGAGAAAGUUGUCCGCAAAUCACUCAACGAUGGUUUUGACGAUAAACCACUUUCUAAGUGGAUUAAGGAGUUACAACCUCCAUCUGCAGUUGAAUAUUCCGAACUCGUUCCCGUGAGCAAUGUCGAAGAAAAUGGCAAGAAGCAAAGCGAUGCUAUUGUGAUAGAAGAUGACGUUGAGAUGAUUCCAGAGAGUGCUUUAGUAGCCGCAGAAUCACAAGUCUUGCCUUUCGUGAAAAACACGGUUCUUUGGACAACAAUCGAGUCCAUGGAGGCAUUUCAAAAGGCACCGCAGAGGCCGCACUUCAAGCCGUUGGAACAAGUUAAGGAAAGUUCGCGCGAGGGUUUGGCAAUAGGGUAUAUGGUGACUUUUUGCGGCGUGGUGGAACGAGCUCUCGGGUUGCGGUUCGAUUCCCCGAAAAGCGCGACGGACGACAUAUUGGAAACGAUCGUGGACUUGGAAAUGCAUGGGUUUGACGUUAAGGUUGUACGGGAUCGUGUGAAUUGGCUGCUCUCGGUGAAGGAGAAUGAAGAAAAGAUCGAAGUGGAGUCGAAGAAACUUAACGAUGAAAUAGCAGAGCACGAUCGCGAGAAGAGUAAGAUUGAGGAAGAGAUGAACGAGAUCAAAGAACAAAUAUCGAAGCUGCAGGAUAAGCUUUCACUUGCUAUAUCGGCCACGGAAAAAGAGGACGGUGAAAUUGCCCUGUUGCGCCUUAGGAUUAAGGAAAAUGAAGAAAGCAUUAGCAAAGCGAGGCGGGAGUUUGAAGAUGCAGUUUCUUCCAAAUUGUGAAAAGACUAAAAUACCCCCGUGGUGUUUAUUUUGUAUAUUGUAAGUUCCGAUGUAAGAGAACUAACCCCACUUCGUUCGUGUUGUUGUCUAUCCGUUUGUAGGAUUUCCGUGUUUAACCUUCUGCUUUAAGACGUUGUCGUGUAAGGAACAAGAACACGAAUUUGUGAUGGUUUUUAACUUUGUAGGUUUUAUUGAGAAUCAGGCUUUUGAGUUGGGAAA